AUGACUAUCAAAUGUGGAUUUACAAAAAAUAAAUAUAAAAAGAAAAGAUUUUGGGUACAUCCGUUGUAUGAAUUACGACGAGAAAACGGAUUUUUUGAAGCAGAAUUCCCAAUACUUUCUUCAUUCCCUGAAAAAUUCGAAAAUUACAUUCGUAUGUCUGCCUCUCAGUUUGAAGAAUUGCUGUCCUUAAUUGGUCCACAUAUAACUAAAAAAAACGUUGUUAGAGAACCAAUUUCAGCUACCGCUCGACUUGUUAUGACUCUGCGAUACUUGGCGACAGGAGAUUGUAUGACAUCUAUAUCAUAUCAUUAUCUCGUUUGUGUCACAUCAACCGCAAAUAUCAUUGCUGAAACUUGUCAAGUUAUAUGGGAUUGUCUUCAGCCGAAGGUGUUACCUUACACUUUAACAACCCGUGACUGGUUAAAAAUUGCAGGUGAUUUUGAUAAAAAUUGGCAAUUUCCUCAUUGCAUUGGAGCUAUUGAUGGGAAACACAUACAAAUACAGUGUCCUGACAAUGCUGGCUCGCUAUAUUUUAAUUACAAAAAAACACACAGUAUUGUACUGCUGGGAAUAUGCGACGCAAAUUAUUCAUUUUUAUUCGUUGAUAUUGGUGCAUAUGGCCGACGUAGUGAUGGUGGUAUUUUUCGUGACUCUCCAAUGGGUCAAAAAUUUGAAAAACAUGAAAUGAAUGUACCGGACGCAGAGUUGCUUACAAUUGAUGGUAUGCCUUCACCAUAUGUGCUUGUUGGUGAUGAGGCUUUUCAACUAACUGAUUAUCUACUCCGACCGUACCCUGGUAGAGGUGGUCUUAAUAAAGAUAAAACAAUCUUCAAUUAUUGUCUUAGUCGUGCUCGACGAACAAUUGAAAAUUCCUUCGGUUUACUCGUGGCAAUCGAA